CAGCAGAGCUAUCUGAGGAAUUCCACUUCUCACUUCUCAGAGGAACCUCUCUUUUCUCCCUCCUCCUCGGACGAGCCACAAGGGCGGAGACAGAACCACGGCCAUGUUUGUCGGCGAAAUGUCCGAGCCGGAUGAAAAAACUCCAAACUCAAAGGAGCUAUCGUGUGCUCCUUACGCGACGGCGGAGUGGGAGCGUCUGAUAGCUAUCGAUCUCGAUGCUUCCUGGACUUUCGAUCAGAUUUUUUCGGCCGAUACUUUGAAUCCGAACUCUCCAUUAGUUCUCCCCGGACUCGCCCAGCCUUGGUCCCCUCUCUGGACGCUACCGGAUGAGCCCCCUUACGUAGAGGAUCUUGAUUCUAUUGUCGAUGUCAUGCCUGGACAAGAUGAGGAAGCCAGUCAACCACAUCCUUUUACACGGUCGACCCCAAAAGAUUAUCUAGAUGGAUCGUGUAUAAUCAAGGAGAAGAUGACUCAAGCUCUGAGAUACUUCAAAGAAUCAACUGGAGAACAUGUCUUAGUCCAGGUAUGGGCACCAGUGAAGAGCGGUGGGCGGUAUGUCCUCACAACUUCAGGGCAGCCCUUUGUGCUUGAUCCAAACAGUAAUGCGCUUCAUCAGUAUAGAAUGGUUUCUCUGAUGUAUGCUUUUUCAGCGGAUGGAGACAAUGAUGGAAUCCUCGGGCUUCCAGGCCGUGUUUUUCAACAAAGGUCACCGGAAUGGUCACCAAAUGUGCAGUAUUACUCUAGCAAAGAGUAUCCCCGGCUCAAUCACGCAUUGAACUACAAUGUUCGAGGAACUGUAGCAUUGCCAGUAUUUGAACCUUCCGGGCAGGCUUGUAUUGGUGUAGUUGAACUCAUUAUGACAUCUGAGAGAGUCAAUUAUGCCCAUGACAUUUAUAAAGUCUGCAAGGCUCUUGAGGCCGUGAACUUGAAAAGUUCUGAGAUAUUGGAUCAUCCAACCGCACAGAUUUGCAAUGAAGGUCGCCAAAAUGCAUUAGCAGAGAUCUUGAAGAUCUUGACAGUGGUUUGUGAAACUUACAAACUACCGUUGGCUCAGACUUGGGUGCCAUGCAGGCACCAAAGUGUCCUAACAGAUGGCGGUGGUGAUUUGGAAAAGAAUGGUAGCUGCAUGGGAGAGGUCUGUAUGUCAACAACAGAUGCAGCAUUCUAUGUGGUUGAUGCUCACACUUGGGGUUUCCGCGAGGCUUGUGCAGAGCAUCAUUUGCAAAAGGGACAGGGAGUUGCUGGUAGGGCCUUUGCUACUCACAGCUCGUGUUUCUGUGAAGACAUCACUAAGUUUUGCAAAACUGAGUACCCUUUGGUGCAUUACGCACGAAUGUUUGGUUUAGCCAGCUGUUUUGCCAUCUGCCUGCGGAGCACUCACACUGGCAAUGAUGAUUAUCUUCUUGAAUUUUUUUUCCCUCCAGUUCCUCUUGAUGAGCAGCAGGUUCUGUUGAACUCUGUCUUGUUGACCCUGAAGAAUCACUUGAAGAGCCUUCGGAUUGCUUCUGGAAACUUACUUGAGCAUGUUUGGGGAUCUGUUGAAAUUAUUAUAGCUUCUAAGGAUAAAGAAUCAAUUUUGAUGUCUAAAUCGCUUUCCUCUCCCCAGCCUGAUAUCUUACCAAACAUGCAGUUCUGCUCUGAUGCAUUGGAAGACACUCCAAAUGGAGGAACUGUUAAUAAGCCUCCAGAAGCCCAGCAUCACGCUCCCAUUGCUGUGAAUGUAGAGACGGAUAAGAAGGAGAAAAAACGUGGGAAGGCAGAAAAAAUAAUUAGCUUAGAGGUUUUGCAACAACAUUUUUCUGGGAGUCUUAAAGAUGCUGCAAAGAGUCUCGGUGUUUGCCCUACAACAAUGAAGCGCAUCUGCAGGCAACAUGGGAUCUCUCGUUGGCCAUCUCGCAAGAUAAACAAGGUCACUCGUUCUCUUUCAAAGCUCAAACGUGUAAUUGAAUCUGUGGAAGGAGCUGAUGGAGCAUUCACACUGAGUACAACAAUAUCACCAAGUUCAAUUCCUAUUGCUGUGGGUCCGGUUUCUAGGCCACCAACUGCUGACACAUCCAACCACCACAUCCCACCACUGCACAGACCCUCUGACUCUCCAGAAGUGAACAGUGAGUUCUUCAACCAUAGAGUUUCUGAAAGUCACAAUGAAGUCGAACAUUCGAAUCAAAUGCUUGAUGGACAUGUUUUGAAGGAUGAUGAGCUUGCAGUAGGUCAAGGGUCAAAAAGGUCAAGUGGCUCAAGAGAGGAAAAUUUAGGAACCCCACCUACUUCGCAUGGCUCGUGCCAAGGUAGUAGCCCUUGCCGUGAAAAUGAGCUUGCAGCAUCUCCCAUAGACGACAUCACUAUUCCCGAGAGAGUGCCACUGCAUCCUGCCAGGCCAGGAGGGACCUCAUCUAUAACAAUAAAAGCCAAGUACGGGAUAGAUAUCAUAAGGUUUCGACUGCCUUUGAAUUCUAGCAUUGUGAAAUUACAAGAGGAAGUAGUCAAGAGGUUGAAGUUGGAGGAGGGAACCUAUGAGAUCAAGUAUCUAGACGAUGAUCGCGAAUGGGUUUUGAUUGCCUGUGAUGCGGACUUGCUGGAAUGCAUCGAGGUUUCGAGAUCAUCUGGUAGCAACAUAAUGAGACUGUUGAUCCAUGACAUCAUACCUAAUAUCAGAAGCUCUUGCGAGAGUUUGGGUGAUUGUUGAAUACACAUAUAGGAGACGUAUAAAAAAGGAGAUGUAUAUAGCUCUUGCAAGUAGAGUCAUCGUAUAAUCUAUUCUGGUCUUCUUAUCAAAUACCUUGGGCCUUCAAUCAUGGUGACUUAUAUUUUAUUUCUAUACUUUGAGUUUGUACGGUUUGUAUCUCAACUUACUUAGAAUGCUUGUACAUUAGGCUGAAUGUCGAAUAUGUCUUUGACAGACUCAUAGUUUAUGCUCCCUUAUGUCCCACAAGUAGGGCUGUAGGGGUUAGAGACUCAUAUUAUUCGUAUUGAUGUAAAUUCUAAAAAUUCAUAUUCAUUUAAUAAUUGAAUUUUAUUUAAUAUUUAUAUACGCUUCGUUUAUU